UUGGGGGCUUUUUAAAACAGCGCCACUGGGGUCUUCUCCAUGCGGCUCGGGCUAUGACAGCCUCCGUGCUCCUCCACCCCCGCUGGAUCGAGCCCACCGUCAUGUUCCUCUACGACAACGGCGGCGGCCUGGUGGCCGACGAGCUCAACAAGAACAUGGAAGGGGCGGCUGCGGCUGCAGCCGCAGCUGCAGCGGCCGCGGCGGCCGGGGCCGGGGGCGGGGGCUUCCCCCACCCGGCGGCCGCGGCCGCGGGGGGCAACUUCUCCGUGGCAGCGGCCGCCGCAGCCGCAGCGGCCGCCGCGGCCAACCAGUGCCGAAACCUGAUGGCGCACCCGGCGCCCCUGGCGCCCGGCGCCGCGGCCGCCUACAGCAGCGCGCCCGGGGAGGCGCCCCCGUCGGCCGCGGCCGCGGCUGCUGCCGCCGCGGCGGCUGCUGCAGCGGCCGCGGCUGCAUCGUCCUCGGGAGGCCCGGGCGCGGCGGGGCCGGCGGGCGCCGAGGCCGCCAAGCAGUGCAGUCCCUGCUCCGCCGCGGCGCAGAGCUCGUCGGGGCCCGCCGCGCUGCCCUACGGCUAUUUCGGCAGCGGCUACUACCCGUGCGCCCGCAUGGGCCCGCACCCCAACGCCAUCAAGUCGUGCGCGCAGCCCGCCUCGGCCGCGGCCGCCUUCGCAGACAAGUACAUGGACACCGCCGGGCCCGCGGCGGAGGAGUUCAGCUCCCGCGCCAAGGAGUUCGCCUUCUACCACCAGGGCUACGCGCCGGGGCCUUACCACCACCACCAGCCCGUGCCUGGCUACCUGGAUAUGCCAGUGGUGCCGGGCCUCGGGGGUCCCGGCGAGUCGCGCCACGAGCCCCUGGGGCUUCCCAUGGAAAGCUACCAGCCCUGGGCGCUGCCCAACGGCUGGAACGGCCAAAUGUACUGCCCCAAAGAGCAGGCGCAGCCUCCCCACCUCUGGAAGUCCACUCUGCCCGACGUGGUCUCUCAUCCCUCCGACGCCAGUUCCUACAGGCGGGGGAGAAAGAAGCGCGUCCCUUACACCAAGGUGCAAUUAAAAGAACUCGAACGGGAAUACGCUACAAACAAAUUCAUUACCAAGGACAAAAGGAGACGGAUAUCAGCCACUACGAAUCUCUCCGAGCGGCAGGUUACAAUCUGGUUCCAGAACAGGAGGGUCAAAGAGAAAAAAGUCAUCAACAAACUGAAGACCACUAGUUAAUGGAUUAAAAUGGAACAAGAGGGCAACUUGAAGAAAUGCUUCAGAACUCGUUGCUUUGCCCAGAUAAUGAUUAUAAUACUUAAUAAUAAUUGAAGAAUGGAAAUAAGAAAGAGAAGACACUGACAUUUCACUUUCUUAAGGGGGAUUUUCUCCUUGGUGGAAUCUACAACUCUUUUAAAAACUUUAAGAAAUGGUAAAGAAUGCCAGUUCUCCUGCCAACUCUACCAGACCAUUAAAUGACAAACUCUAGAGUCAAACAUCAAAUCCCAAAUACGUAAUUUCAGAUAAGUUACGAAUUUACUGAAAUCUUGUAAGUAUUUAUGUGACCGUUUUAUUUUAGGACACUGUUAUAUGGUAAUAAUCCAAAAGUUGGUUACAAAGCGCAAGAGGCUGUUGUAAACAUCUGCUUAUCCUUGGUUCGCCAUCGAUAGCCCCUUUGCAUGUUCAGUGACUGCUCAGGUAAAUCUUAGGGAAAUUCCUAUCGUUGUUGUAUAUUCUGCAAACCGUGUCAUAUAUAGAUUUAGAGGGGAAAAGAGAAGAAGGUACUGAAAUGCUGAUCUUGAACUAUUUGCUAUGAAGUGAAAGGGGAGACAAAGUCCUUCUGGGGAUCAUUUGUCUUGGUAAUAAAUACAACCAGCUGAACCUUUGAGGCUACAAGGAAACCCCACUUUUGGUAUUGUCCUUCUGAUAAUAUUUUUAAUUGCUUAUGGCAAGCAUAUUUUGUGGCAUUUGGACUCUAAUUUCUGCCCCAAUAUUAUCUACUUUCCCCAAAAAUUGAUACCUUAAAAUAUAUUUAAAGUACCCGAUGAUCCACAGAAUUAACUUUAUGUCAGAGCUCCCGGGAAGUCCUCAGUGUGGUAGACUUUGGUUUCAAUGCAAUUCUUUUUUUUUUUAAUUUAAAUUAGUAUUUCUGAAUAUUUACGAAACAUUUUGCUGGAUAAAUAAUUUUCCUUUUUAUUUUUUAGAAAACUCAAAACAGAAAUCCAUUCCCCCAGAACAUUUAGAUGUUUACAUUCUAUAUUUUGAUAUUUUAAGGAAUUAGUAUUUUUCCUUGUUUAUUGUGUAAUGAGACUACAUUAGAAAGCUUAGAGAUUCAUCUUCACAGCACAUUUUUAAUCAAGCAGUUAUUUCAACCAGCACAUUCGUUUUGUUCAUAUUCACUAUAAAAUGCUAUCUUGUAAAUAAAGACAAUUCAGCACACUGUGAAAAUGUAUCUGUGCACCUGCUUUUCAAAUAUCUCUAC